CACUCCAGGCAGCAGAUGGCGACGUGCGUCUUUCAUGUGAAGAGUCAGUCGUGACGUAUAAUCCAGUGGACGGGACCGGAUAACAACAACACGGUUACGGAUUCGACCACAUCGGUAGCUCCCAAGCGACAUAAAACCGAAACAUUGGAGCUCUUUGGACCGUUAUAGACAUCAGUGUUUUAAACACGCUGUCUGCGUAUAAAGUUAUUCCAUUUCACACUGACGCUGUUAGUCAGCUAGCUGGUUAAAAUAGCCGAGCACUUGUCUAGUCGAUCAUGCGAAUGAGCGAACAUCUCAGGACAUGAACUCACUAAAUUACUCCCACCCUGCUAAAGAAGAAGCUCGUGGCCUGAACGUUGUCGUGGCAGAGGAAGAGGAGGAAAAGAAGCGUUCGGAAUGAAAGAAGAGAAGAAGGUUAUCACAUUGAAAGAAGAAGAAGGUAUUGGAGUAAAUGAGGCGAUGUGCGUUACAGGGAAAGAAGUGGAGAAAGAAGAAGACGCCGUUGUUCGAGUGAAGGAGGAGAUUACUGUCACAGUGAAAGGAGAGGAAGGUUUCUGGGUGAAAGAGGAGGAGAAGUACAUGACUGUCACAGUGAAAGGAGAGGAAGAAGAGCAUGUUUUAGUGAAGGAAGAAGAGCAUGUUUUAGUGAAGGAAGAAGAGAAUGUAUUUGGAGUGAAAGAGGAGGAAGAAGCUAUGAGAGUGAAAAAUGAGGGGGAUGAUGACGAUGAAGAGGAGGGGGAGACUGGAGAUCUGAUUAACACCAAAGAGAGACCAGACUCUCAGUCUGACGGCAGGAAGAGUCCAUUGGGGAACCAGACCCAGAGACGGCCAAACCAGCAAGACCACACCACUGCUCCCAGUGUGGAAAGAGUUUUUCCCGGUUAUGGGACCGGAAAAUACAUGAGAGAAUACACUCUGGAGUGAAGCCUUACCACUGCUCAGACUGUGGAAAGAGAUUUACCCAGCUAGGGCACCUGAAAGAACAUAAGAGAACACACACUGGUGAGAAGCCCUACCAAUGCUCCCAGUGUGGAAAGAGUUUUAACCAGUUAGGGGCCCUGAAAACGCAUGAGAGAAUACACACAGGAGAAAAGCCCUACCAAUGCUCCCAAUGUGAAAAGAGAUUUACCCAGUUAGGUACCCUGAAAGAGCAUGAAUUAAAACACACAAAGACACAGGAGAAGACAUACCACUGCUCUCAUUGUGGGAAGACAUUUUCCAGGUCAGAGGACCUGAAAUCACAUGAGAGAAUAGCGAGGCUGUGUUCCGACUUAUGUUUUUGACUGAGAUUUUUUUGUUGUCUUUGUUCAUGCUAGAUGCUGUUCAUCACGUUUGCUGACUGAAGACAAAUGAAUAAUGUCAGUCAUCAGUAUUUUGCAGUUCUUCCAGAGGGGGCGGUAACUGUCAGUGUAGUUGACCUCUGAUUCGUCGAGCUUCAUGUCAGUCAUUCCCACUUCGGUCCACGUGUGUGAAAGAAGGUGUGGUUGGUUGCAUUUUUACCACGGCCCUGAUCUAUUUUCCACUAAUAUGGUCUUAUGAUCAAUCACAUCAGAUAUUUUUUUUUCAGAGCUGAUCUAAGUGGUCAAAAGACCAAUUGGUGGAUUUUUUUUAUUUUUAGAAUUUUAGAAUUUAGAAUUUAGAAUUGUGAGUAAGAUUCUGUUAAUAAAUAAUGCCAUCCAUAAACUGUAUGUACCUUCUUUGUGCAGAGUCAUAAUAAUAUAAUAAUAAUAUAAUAAUAAUAUAAUAAUAAAACCU